AUGUCCCAAACAUCAUCCUCAUCAUCACUCUCGACACAUCAUUCCUCACUACAGGCGAGCAACAACAAGGAACCUCUGAGCUCUUCUUCACUCUAUACGCAAGAGUACAUUGAAAACUUGCGGAAUGAAUUGAAACGAGUCAAUAAUUCUCUCGCAGUAAAUUUCUCAAUUCCGAAAUUUCAGACUUGUAAAUUCUUUGAAAAAUUAAUUCAAGGAUUUGAUGAACAACAAGCAUAUGAAAGUAUAUUGCUUGCAAAAUCGAAUGCUCCGAACAAAGACUAUAUGGUUAAUAUAUUCCGAGAAAUUACGAGAUGGAUAUUCAUGGUAUCUGAUCAACCUUCAUCAUUCAAACAAGCACAGACGCUCAACACAGAACAGCAAGGAAAAAAUUCCCUUCGCCUCGAUGCAUGCACUCUUCCAAACACUAUUUCUGAGGAUUUGUUAGAGGAGUACAGAAAAUUAAUUUUAUAUGAUGUCGAGAUAUUUGGACAAAUUAUAAGAUGGGUUAUUUCAUUGUUAUUCAUCAACGAGUCCAAGCAUGUUCAUAAAUACGUGCAAUGGGGUCUUCAACAGGCUCAAAAUCAUAUCAAACAAGGGUUAAACGUAGAGUUAAACAAGGAAAUUAUAAGAGUCACCCAAAUAGUUUUCAAACAAGAGAUGAUAAAGUUUUGCAGUGCAUUAUUUGAACUUCGUCCUAACCCAACAAGUAACAACUUUGUAAUAGAGGAAGAGACACUGUCAUACCAAUGUAGACAAUUAGAACACAUCAUUGAGCUUGAUGCCGUUCAUUUUGGUGAAAUUAUAGAACAAUUUUUGUUUAUUAUUUUGUACAAAAUGGCCAAGGUCAUUGACCACACAGCCUCUCAAACUGCCUUGACGGGAGAGUUACUUUUUGACAUCAUUUUUGGUGCUACAAAGCUGUCAUUGACCUAUAUUAACAGACAUGUUUCAGUAGUGGAGCAAACUUUAAGAUUUUUUCAAAAGAACGCCAUUGAGGUUACCAUUCCACUAUCCCAAGACAAACAAAUGGAACUUCUUACUUUAGAUAAUGAACAGAAUUUAGUAUCAAAAUAUGGAGUAAUUUUUGAAUCGCUUAUGAUUCUUUCUUGUGUCAGCUUUAAGUUCGUUUUUACCAACUCCUUUCCAAGAGACUGUAAGAGGGUUGGGGCGCUCUUAAUUCUAAGGCUAUUGGACUUAUCAUUUGAAAAUAAGGAUUAUCUCAAGCAGUUGUUAUUUGAGGUAUUUAUCCGGGAUUUUAUCAGAACUGACACAGGAGAGACCAAUUUUUCUUUUCUUUCCGAAAAGUUACAACAACACACCCUUACAAAGGAACAGAUUGAAAAUAUGUCUCGAAAAACCCUCCUAGGAAUUGAUUCUCAAAGCUUUAAGGACAUUUUGUUCAAAAGCAACCAUGUAACCAAAAUGGCUUGGUUCUCUGGUGUCAUUAGUGCCAUGACUGUACCAAAGCUUGAUGUUGAAGUGAUCCACAAUGGUCACACCUACAAUUUGCUUUUUGAUGGAUUUUUUUCGCUUCUAAACUACUACUGCAUAGAGUCUAAAGAUUCUGAUCUCAAGCUAUUCUCAAUUUUGAGCUAUGGGAAUAGCCUUGUUUUUGUACAACAAUAUGCCAAAAUGCAAAAAUCAGCGGAAAUGGAUGCUGAUACCAGGCUUUUAUUUGAGACAAGAAUGUGCAAUCUUCUUAAACAAGCAAUUCAAAUAGUGUUCAGAAAUAUUGAGAAUCCAAUUUAUGAUAUCUUUGCUAAAAUGAGACAGUUGUUUAUGGACGUUUUGGAUUUGAGAGAUGAUCUAACACUAGACGAAAUUAAGACACAAAUUGAUUUGAUUGCAAUGACUAAAAAACUUCUCGAAACCGAAUGGACUAGAAAAGGAAAAUACAUUUCUUUGAUUGCUCUUUUAUCACGAGUUGGAGCUGGGAAAAUGUAUCAAUUUUGUCCAGAAGUAUUCUCAAGAACUCUCUCAGUAUUGGGAUAUUUAAAUGGAAGCGUGAAUGGAAACGCCAGUUUAUUUUAUGAAAGAAUGGUUAGCGAGAUGUUCAAGGAUUGUAAGAAGGACCAAACUCUAAUUUCCAAAUGGGAAGAAAAUUGUUUGUCUCCUAUUAUCAAUUUUCUAGCCAGCUGCGAAAAGAAACAGCGUUCAGCAGUUUUCAUUCAUCUGUUACCAAAAUUAUUGAAAGCUAAUCCUCAUUGUCUUGGAUUCCUCGUGAACGGUUGUAAAAACAAAUUACAAACAUCGAGUACUGCUGCAGAGCAUUCUGCAUUGUUGCAUUCUAUCAUGUUCACACUUAAAACAGCUAAGAGUUUGACUUUAUAUGAACUAGAUUUUGAACGAGAUUUACCUUUCAUUGAGAAGGCAUUCAUCCACAACGAUCACGAUAUUCGAUUGGAUGCAUUCGAUUUGGUGGUCACAUCAACAAAAAAGACAGCCAUGCCUUCCAAACUUGAGUUAGGAUUGGUAAUCAAAUUUGUGAGGCUUAAUUUACGAGGAUGCAAGAGCUCUUUUAGAUAUGGUUUUGGAGACGUCAUUGAACGUUUUAUUAAGAGAGUCAAUGAGAUUUCGAUGAGAAUAUUCCUAUUGUACCAAAAAAAUCAAUCCUUGGAUCUACUCAUGGACACGUCACUUCCCACCUCUUUAUCAACAAAGAAACUCGAGGAAUUGAACAAGGACAGAGACUCUUAUGCGUUAUUGAUGAACUUCUUGUAUGAAUAUGCAUUAGAGGUGUUUAAUUCACUAUAUCCUGGUUGUCCUCAUGAACGAUUACUUGUUGCACUUGAUUGCUGCAAGAGCUUGUUGAAAACUUUUUCCAACAAUUAUACCAUUGACGUGUUUUAUCCUACCAAUGCAGAAAAACAAGUUCCAUGGAAAAGAAUGAACUUGUUUUCUUCUAAGGUUGUUCUAACAUUACUCAAUGCCUUAGGAAGCUGCUGGGAUAAAGUAAGAGUGGUGAUUUAUGAAUUAUUAUUAAUGUUUCCAGCGCCUUUGAGCGGAUUUGAAACACCUGAAAAAGUCAAAAUACUUAUCACGAAUGCAUCUGAGCUUAUCCAAAGUGCCAGACUUCGAGAAUCCGAUGCUGGGGCGCUUCUAUUCCGAUUGCUUUUCAAUAAGUACACUGCAGAAUUGAACUGGGAGCUCCAACUAGAUGAUCAACCUGUCAUUUACCAGAAUGACAAGAGAGAAAACAAUGUUUCCACUCAAUUAACCUUCUGUAGAAAGCUUACAAGAUUACUGAAGGAAAGAACAGAAUCAUGUUCACAAAACAUGUUCAACAUCACCAAAGGUUCAUCUCUGAUAGGAAUUUUACAAACAUUGAUUUACAUUAUUUCUGACUUGAAAUUUUCAAAAGAGAAACAAUAUGCUGCUGAGUGGAGAGAAUGGAUGGAAGAACUUGUUGGUACCUUAGAAAAAAUAUGUGCCAUGUCUGUAAAGAUUAUAGCAGGCAUCUCUACAGGAGAAGAUUCUGAAGAUGGUAUUGGAGUUGAUUGUCGUGGGCAUAUUUAUUUUGAUAACGAUGAGCAAGUUACUGAGGACAGUCAUUCACUAACUGUGAACUGUUGGCUUGCUGUGAAAGGAGCAGCAAUGCUUAUUGCUACUAUUGUUCAACAUGUGGAAUUGUAUCCGGAUCCACAAUGUAGGGAUGAAUUAUCACCAGAAUGUAUUCUCACGUUUUCUCAAAUUGAAAAAUUAGGAGACAUUUUGCUGAACGUGUUGUUGAUGACAAAACACAAUGGUGCGAUUGAAAAAUCUGCAGUUGGGUUUAACAUGUUGUGUAAAAGGUUAAUCACAUGUGGAGUUGAAAAGUUGGCCAAUAUUCCAACAAAAUGGAUAAGAUAUCUUCUCGAUGGAAUUGGUAAAGAAGAUUUAUUUAGCAUAUUGAGACGAUCUGCAGGAUUGCCUUGGACAUUUGCUGCAAUUAUGAAAGCAGAACCAACAGCUCUCCCUAAAAAACUUCUCCCAGAAACAAUGGAAUAUUUACUUCACGUCGCUCUCAAUAAGAAUAAUUAUAGCACCAACCAAAUAGUCAAUGCAUUGAAUGUUUUGAGAUUCUUGUUCCAUGACGCAAGUUUAGGUACCUAUGUGCAACAAUUUGUAGAAGAUGGAUUUAUUGUGUCACUCAAAGGUUUUAGUUCCACGGUUUGGACCAUCAAGAACUCUUCAUUGAUGAUGUAUACUGCUCUCCUUCAUAGAUCAUUUGGAGACAAUGAUUCCAACAAGACUGCUAUCGAGUUCUUUACAAGAUAUCCUCGAUUAAGGUCCUUCUUACUUGAACAAUUAGAUUUAGUAACAAAUGAAAAUCGCGAACAAAAGAGAGUGCUCCAUCCCAGCCUUUAUCCAAUGUUCCUGCUUUUGUCACGUUUAAGACCAUCUUUGGAAGAGAGCACUGAGAAUAACUCUGUUUCCGCUUUUGUUCCUUAUGUCAAGAAAUGUUUCACAAUGAUUCAUCAUAUGGCAAGAUCCAUUGGUGCAAGAGCUUUGGAGCCGUUGAUUCCAUCUCAUUUGGUGAAAGAGUGUGUUUUAGAAUUGAUUGCAUCGCUUCCAUCUCAAAUUUCUCAAAUUGAAAGCCAAAAUCAAUUACACGGCCUUCUAUGCCAAAUUAAUAGAUUUGUUACCACAAGCUUUAAAGAAUUAGAAAAUGUACAAGAAUUCUCAGUUCAGUGUCUUUCACAGUUAAGUACGAGUUGUGUAGGAACUUUGGAAAAUAGAUGUUUUGGAACGAGAGCUGUUUUCUUUGAAAUUGUCUAUCAUUUGAUACGCUUUACUUAUUCAAAUUUACCUCAACACGUCAUUGAUGCAUUGUGGAAUGCUUCUGUAUUUACACUCUUCACUGAAAAUGGUUCUACAAAUGGACAUCCUUGGAAACAAGAAAUGUUUGGAAAUGCGGCCACUUUGACUUGUAUGCUUUAUUUCUAUUGUCGAGAGGAUGUCGAUUCAAACCUAAUUUUGAAUUUAGUUAAACACCCAGUAAUGGAUGUAAGAAGGGCCACAGUGAAAUUCCUAUCUAAAAAAGAGCACUAUUCUCAUAUUAAGAAUAAUUCAACACUUGAACAAAUUCGUCCGUUCUUGUUAGAACAUGUAUUAUUUUCAGAAACAGAUGUUGAGUGUGCUCGUUUUGGAUUGGCUGCACUUGUCACACUUUACACACAACUUGAAACAAACAUUUACCAAGAUGUGUUAAAUAUGGAAAACGAAUUUCCAGGAAUCAUCAAUAGAGUACCUGAAAGACUUAUUUAUUUAUACAGAAAGGAUGCAAAUACUGUCAUUCAUCAACAUGUAGUGGAGUUACUUGGUCUAUUUAUUCCAUCUCUUCUCUCCACAGAUCCAAACAGCAAAUUUGUCAAAAUGUGGCUUAAAAUUAUUGAUCAUGCUUCAGAUCCAGUUCGACAGAGCCACGUACGAGCAGCAUGUAUUGAAAGUAUUGUAAAUUCUAGAAUUUUAUACUCUGUGAGGGACGAUUUGUGCAAAACGAGAUUUGUUGCUUGGACUUGUCUCAUCACUCUGCUUCAAGAUGAAGAUGAUGAAAUCCGAGAAAGAGCAUCACUAGUUCUAUCUCCCUUAAUUUCUUCCUUUGAUGGAAAAGAAACACCAGAUCGUGUUCAUUGUUCUGAACUUCAGAGAGAAUUUGUGAUUGAGAGAACCUUUGCCUUGAUUGCCGAAAAGUUUUCACAUCUUGAUGAAUGCAAAAACUUUUUGUUCUCUUGCAUUUCUCUUUCUGAAGAAUUUAAUGAAAAGACAAAAACUUAUGAAAUCAUUCUUCCAUUUAAGAACGCAUGUGAAGAAACGAUGCUCUUUGAAAAGGAAGAAGAUAAUGUAUUCACUGAAGAGUUGGCGAUUUCACAAUUGGCAUCUUUCCACUUGUCAAGAAUGUCUCUCUAUGAAACAACGAAACAAGAAAUGAUUAACAAGUUGGAAAAACAAGUAACAACCGUUUUAGAAAUUUUGUCAACCCAAAGAAAACAACAACUAGGAUUGUUUUGGCUUGGAAAUUAUACCUAUCAACCUACUAUAUUUAUUACAUUGGCUAAAUUGAUACUCUCCUUGAAUGCGCUUGGACAUUUGAGAUUUAACACCCAACAGCUUACGUCUUAUUUGAAGAAUCAAGAAAUUUUGGAGUUGCACUAUUUGCUGGAAUCACAAUUUAACUUUUUCCUUUUGUCUCAGCAGUAG